AUGGAGUACACUAUGGAAAACAGCCAGAACCCUGCUCCUCAAGCCGCCAAGGUUAACUCUGGUUCCAAGGGUCCCGACUCUCAGAGCACCACCAAGAGACUCCAGACCGAGUUGAUGCAGCUCAUGACAUCGCCCGCUCCCGGUGUCUCUGCCUUCCCCUCUGCAGACGGCGACCUCCUAUCCUGGACUGCCACUAUCGAGGGUCCUGAAGAUACCCCUUACUCUGGUCUGACCUUAAAGCUCAGCUUCGCCUUCCCUUCCAACUACCCCUAUGCGGCACCCACGGUGCUCUUCAAGACGCCCAUCUACCACCCUAAUGUCGACUUCUCCGGCCGUAUCUGCUUGGAUAUCCUCAAGGACAAGUGGACUGCCGCUUACAACAUCCAGACUGUUCUCCUCAGUCUCCAGAGCUUACUCGGCGAGCCCAACAAUGCCUCCCCCCUCAACGGUGAGGCUGCUGAGUUGUGGGACAAGGACGCCGAGGAGUUCCAGAAGAAGGUGCUGGCACGUCACGUAGAUAUCGAGGACGAAUAA